AUGGACUUGCUUGAAGAGAGAAUUCGUCAAAGAUCAUCGUUGAGAACAAGUAAUUUUGGCGGCCAGCAACAGUCGUGGAAUUACAGAUCCGAGGUUGUUGGAAAACUUGGACUGGACAACAAGCACAAGAACAUUUGGAUUGCUUAUGUUGUGAUAAUAGCGUUUGGAUUUACAGCAUUUGUCUAUGUUAAGUCGAACGUAGUAUUGAGUAGGAAAGAGCAAAUGGAGGAAAGAGAACGGAUGAGACGUGAACUGAAACUGCAUGGAGCCGAUCGUAAGAGAUUAGGUGUUGUUGAUAGCUAUUGA